CGAGGCGGCGGCCCGGAAGCCGCGCGGCCCGGGGUGGCGCCCGGCGGUCAUGGGCGAGCCGGCCGCCCGGCGUCCCGGGGCCGGCUGAGCGCGGGGCCGCCCCCACCGCUCCCGGGCCCCGGGCGAGAGGCGGCCCGCGCCGACGGCCCUCCCGCGCGGGGCUGCCCUCGGGGGCCCGGCCAUGGCCGGCCGGGGGUGCGGCUGCGGCUGCUGCCCGGGCCACCUGAACGAGGACAACGCGCGCUUCUUGCUGCUCGCGGCGCUCAUCGCGCUCUACCUGCUGGGCGGCGCCGCCGUGUUCUCGGCGCUGGAGCUGGCGCAGGAGCGCCAGGCCAAGCAGCGCUGGGAGGAGCGCCUGGCCAACUUCAGCCGCAGCCACAACCUGAGCCGCGACGAGCUGCGCGACUUCCUCCGCCACUACGAGGAGGCCACCGAGGCCGGCAUCCGCGUGGACAGCGCCCGCCCGCGCUGGGACUUCACCGGCGCCUUCUACUUCGUGGGCACGGUCGUGUCCACCAUAGGAUUUGGGAUGACAACUCCAGUGACAGUAGGAGGGAAAGUCUUUCUGAUUUUUUAUGGCCUCAUCGGGUGUGCCAGCACUAUCUUAUUCUUCAACCUCUUCCUGGAGCGCCUGAUCACAGUCAUCGCCUACAUCAUGAAGUCCUGCCACCAGCGGCAGCUCCAGAGACGAGGGGCCCUGCCCCAGGAAAGCACAAGUAACCCAGGGAAGAGCCAGGUGGACAGCCUGGCGGGCUGGAAGCCCUCCGUGUACUAUGUCAUGCUGAUCCUGUGCCUGGCCUCCCUCCUCAUCUCCUGCUGUGCCUCUGCCAUGUAUACCUCCUUCGAAGGGUGGAGCUACUUAGACUCACUCUACUUCUGCUUUGUGGCCUUCAGCACCAUUGGCUUUGGGGACCUGGUCAGCAGCCAGAACGCCCAGUAUGACAGCCAAGGCCUCUACCAUGUCGCCAACUUUGUCUUCAUCCUCAUGGGCGUCUGCUGCAUCUACUCCCUGUUCAACGUCAUCUCCAUCCUCAUCAAACAGUCCAUGAACUGGAUCCUAAGGAAGAUGGACAGCAGGUGCUGCCAGCCAUGCCAAAGAGGGUUCUUGCAGUCACGGAGGAACGUGGUCAUGCCUGGCAACGUCCAGAACCGGUGCAACCUCUCCAUAGACACCGACGGGGUGAUGGAAAGUGACACAGAUGGGCGGCGGCUCUCAGGGGAGAUGAUCUCCAUGAAGGACUUCUUGGUAGCUAACAAGGUCUCGCUGGCCAUCCUCCAGAAGCAGCUGUCAGAAACAGCCAACGGCUGCCCCCCGCAGGCCAGCACCCUGUCCCGGGACAAUGAAUUCUCUGGGGGGGUGGGUGCCUUUGCUAUAAUGAACAAUAGGCUGGCAGAGACAAGUGGGGACAGGUAGGAGCAAAGGGUGGGACUGGACACAGGGGGCUCAGCAGAGUGGGCUGUGGGGGGCUAUCACCCAGCCCAGCAUGCCAUGUAGCCCCCGGUCACCUUAAGUCCAGCUUUAGGAAGCUGAUCUUGGCUCCCACAAACAGCCAUCUUCUAGGCUGUGGGAAGCUGAUGCCUCAAAGCCUUGUCCCUGGUCUUUGAUUUCCUGCUGUUCUGUUCUUCAUUUGGAAAUAAAAUUCCAGAAGAUCCUGAUUUCCCCCCUGGAACUCUGAAUAGCUGAACCAGCCUCCUCAAAAAAAAAAGAGGGGGGUAAGGAGCAGGGGGAUCCUGGAGAGUGUGUCUGGGCUUGCUUUUUGCAGGCUUCCUUCAUACCUGCUUCUCGGCUUUCUGUUUUUUCCUUUCUUUGAUUUUUAAGAUCUCAGUGCUUGGCAGAGGAGGCUCUGGGACUUCAGUGUGGUAAGAAAACUAAAUUUAGCUUCAGGCCUUUAAACCACAGCGAGGUGGUGAGGGGAACAAACUUCUAACGACAGAGCAUAGCGUCACAUUUUCUCUUUGAAGGUCACAGAGACUAUUUCAUUUUUACCAGGCCUGGUGGCCCGUUGUAACGAUCAUGGCUGACUAUUUAUUAGAACUGAACAUUUAAUAAAUGCUCAUUUUAUUAACUAAGGUUAGUGAAUGCUCAUUCUGGACUGUGGGGUGGGUCCUAAUCAAACAGGCAUUUAUGGGGAUCAGAAAAAAGA